AUGACUUCACGCGGGCCGAAACCACCUAUACUUCUACCUCCACCUGACCCAACUCUUGAAACCCGUCCAGUGCCGCGGGAACGGCAUUUCUCUGUGCGAGCUUUUGGGCCAGGAAGUCUGCCUGAAGCUCAACAGAAAUUUCCGUCCAUCGAAACAUUGAAGAAACAGUCAAAAGAUGCAAGCGCUAUUGAAAAUGAAUGGGGAAAUGACACUGAGGGCCUCUACAAGCUGCUUAUGCAAGAAAGCGACAUGGAUUGGCGUGAAGAUGGUCUCGUUACUGGUGAGACGACUUGGGGCCCUGUCAUAGUCGUUACUGCGUACUCCGAGAAAGCUAGCAAGAAUCUCGAUCGAGCUGUCAUCAACCUGGUCGAGACUAUCCGCCGUUAUUUCCUCCGAUGUUCUGGUACCGGAACAUUCGCCCAUGAGGUAUUCAAACGUUUUGAGCUCAAGGUUCUUGAAGACAGAGACUUGUUGGAACAUGCGUCCGACGAUCGAGUUAGAGAAGAAUUCAAUGCCUAUGUCCGUGCUUUGCGGCUCUUUCCUGCUGAUUCGCACUGGGAAGAAGAAGAUCGCAAAUGGUACAAAGAUAAUCUCAACAGACCCCCCGGUCCCCUACGCUACGGCUUCUGCAUUGUGCUAGAUGAGGAAACGAUCGAAAACCUUGCAACAAUUACUUUCCCCAAUGAUCUGGACAAUGACAAGGAACACUUCAAGGGCAAUUCUAUUAAACUGGUAGAACGUUGUUGGAGAUAUCCGAAGGAAGCACACAACAAGUAUGGGCAAGAUCCGGCAGUAGCAGAAGUCUACGGAGGGACAGACAUAUGUCCUCUUCUUGACUUGCCGUUGGUUUACGCAGAUUUUCACUAUUAUCAAGAUUUUGAUGAUAUGUUUCCCCUGCGCAAGUAUAGCGAUACGCAUUAUUAG